CCCGCUCCCUCGGGACCUGGAUGGGCGCCCCGAAUCCGCGCGCAGGUUCGGCCCGCAGUCUCGCCUCUCGCCCCCAGCUGUCCCCGAGCCCUCCACACCCCUAAGGAGGACCCCAUGCCCCCGAGAGAAGGCCCCCUAGCUACCCGAGACCCCACCAAGUCCUCGAAUGAGGGUUCUGCGCCCUCUAUACCCUUCGCGGACCUUGAACCCCGCGCACCCCACAAUCCUCGCGUCCUGCGCACUCCCAAGGAGGUUCCAGCGCUCCGGAGCAGCGGCCCUGCGCUGCAGAGACCCGAGUCCCCCGAGGGCGGGGCGGCCCCCAGUCCAGCGCCCCUGCUAGAAGGAGGGACACACCCUUCGCCCCGGGGCGGGCGCUCGGUGACAGCGCUCGCCGCUCCAGCCCGCCCGAGCAGCGUCAGGGCAGAGGCGGGGUAGGCGCGGUUAAAAGGCGCCGCAGAUGGGAGCCGGGGCCUUCACCCGAGCCCGGCGCGGAGCCCGACUCCGACUCCAACUGCAUCCUGCGCCCGGGAGCCGGCGGCGCCCGAGCCCGACCUGCCCGCCUGGCGGAGCGGAGGGCGCCGCCCCGCGCAGACCCCGAGAGCAGGGGUAAUCUCAAUCUAGCUGUGCUUCAGUGUCUGGGAAGGACACAGCCUUGCUUGGAAGAAGAGACACUGGUGACGUCCUCACUGCAAAGAUCUGUGACCUGGGUUCAUCUCAUCACCGGGCGCUGCUGGCCUCCAGGCGUGUGCUGGCCAAGAGCGAAGCCCUGAGGCCUUGCGCAGGGGCCUGGCUCUCAUUCUUCCUGCCUGACGUCCUGCCCGCCCUUGGAAAUAAGGCUCAGGAAUAAGCCAGCACGAUGGACUGGGGGACCUUGCACGCUUUCAUCGGGGGUGUAAACAAGCACUCCACCAACAUCGGGAAGGUCUGGAUCACGGUCAUUUUCAUUUUCCGUGUCAUGAUCCUCGUGGUGGCCGCGCAGGAAGUGUGGGGAGACGAACAGGAAGACUUCGUCUGCAACACCCUGCAGCCCGGCUGCAAGAACGUGUGCUACGACCACUUCUUCCCCGUGUCCCACAUCCGGCUCUGGGCCCUGCAGCUGAUCUUCGUGUCCACGCCGGCGCUUCUGGUGGCCAUGCACGUGGCCUACUACAGGCACGAAACCGCCCGCAAGUUCCGGCGGGGAGAGAAGAGGAACGAAUUCAAAGACCUGGAGGACAUCAAGAAGCAGAAGGUUCGGAUCGAGGGCUCGCUCUGGUGGACGUACACCAGCAGCAUCUUCUUCCGGAUCAUCUUCGAGGCCUCUUUCAUGUACGUCUUUUACUUCCUCUACAACGGGUACCACCUGCCCUGGGUGCUGAAGUGCGGGAUUGAGCCCUGCCCCAAUCUUGUGGACUGCUUCAUUUCCAGGCCAACAGAGAAAACCGUGUUUACCAUUUUCAUGAUUUCUGCCUCUGUGAUUUGCAUGCUGCUGAACGUGGCCGAGUUGUGCUACCUGCUGCUAAAAGUGUGUUUUAGGAGAUCCAAGAGAGCCCAGGCACAAAGAAAUCACCCCAACUAUGCCCUCAAGGAGAGCAAGCAGAAUGAAAUGAACGAGCUGAUUUCAGAUAGCGGUCAAAAUGCCAUCACAGGUUUUCCAAGUUAAGCGUUUCAAGGUCAAACGUGGUGGAGUCCUAACAGCAAUGCCAACUUGCAAAUCCCCUCUCUCUAGGCUGCAGUUUGUCUUUAUGAAUGACGUUUGCAGUAAAUAGAUAGCCAAGUUCACGUUUCGUAGAAUACUUGCACCAUGCACAUUGCAGCAUUAUGGAAUGCGUGGUCCAUCUCUGAAAGCCACACACUGGAUGACAACUGAGCCUCGAAGUCACUUUCCCAAGUUCCUUUUACGUGGACCAGCUGACCUACUUUCUGAACACACAUGUCACCAUUAUUGAUACAGAACAUUUACCUAGAAAUCGCUACUUUUAUUAGUAAAAGAUAUUUUUAUAGAAUUGAAUGUUUUAGUUCUGAUUUUGAAUUUCUGUAAAGUAUUUUUGUAACGACUGGCCUUCCUUACCUGGAAAAACAGGUGAUGUUAGUUUUAGAUGUAUACCACAAGUAUCUAAAUGUUGGACUUACAAGGGUCUACCCUGUAAAUACUGUUUUGCAUUGCCUAUUGAUGACUUUGUGAAGGGCCUUGAUACUCUUCGGGUGGGACGCGUUUGUUGUACAAUGGAUUUUUACUGCUUUCUGAGUGGAGACAGAGCUGUAUGGGUAUGGGAAGCUUUUUUUAACAUCCGCCUAUUUGCCAAUCACUGUGGACAAGGGAAACGGGAAUGGGGUUGCCUCAAUAAAGCUCAGCCCCUUGCCCAGA